AUGCGCACCACCACCGACUCUUCCCAUUUCUGUCCGCAGCUGCUCGCCGUAGAUUUGGCGGGUACUGCAAAACAUAAACAGAGGGAGCUGAAAAUGGAGGAAGGUAAAGAGGCAACGCAGGCUGCGCCCAGCGUAUGUGGGGACGAGUGUACUGAAAAGAAGACUAAUGAAGCCACGGGAGAAGUUUCCUCACAGAACAGCGGAGCACCCAGUAAACCGACGGAGGAGACGGAGGCUCGGUACAGUCGGUUGAAGCUGUUCAACAAAGUGAUGCAGGAGAGUCUGAACAAGUUCGUCGAGUAUGCCAGCUUUAACAGAUUUGCCAGCGCGUUUCGUCCACUGUAUGAGAAGAACCCUCAGAGAAUGGAGAGUAUUCACAAGCAGUUCAUAGAGGAGUUGAAGAGGACUAUACAGGAGGACAUCGGCAGGCUGAUUGAGGAGGGCCACUUAGAGCUCAAACUGAAAGAGCUGGACAAACUGGAAAGCGCUGCCAAGAACAAUCCAGACCCUGCAUGGCGACCAACUGGGGAUCCUGAACAGGACCUCUGCAGUUUUUUGAUGCCCUACUAUCAAAAGCAGGAAGCCUACAUGAGACUGGAGCUGAAAAAGAUUCAAGCAGAGAAUGCUGCUCUCGCACAAAAGGUUCAGGCCGGUAGAGACAGUAUUGCUCAGGCUGAGCAGCGUAUUUCUACAGCAGUUGAUGAGUGGAAGGCAUCGGUGACUGAAUUUGAGAGACUGGCCACUUCUCUCUGCCCUGCUGACGUCUUUGAUGUGUGAUCUUCACAUUAACCAAUGGGUCAACUAACUUAACUGUACAUAUCGAUUUUGUUUACUGUGGCUUUUUGUGUGAAAAUAAACUUGAAAUGUUGGAAAUUUAAAA